AUGGUAACAGGUCGUCAGGGUUUAAUGAGACGUAAUUUUCUUGAAAAUAAAGUUCCCGAAUGGUGUCCCGAAUUCUGCAGUAAAAAUAGAUUAAACUUUGAACCUGGCAGGGAGCUUUAA